GGGCCUCGAACAAAUCAAAUCGAAGGAAAGAAACUGCCGGCUUUCAAAAUCCUCCUCCUCCGCCAUCAUCCGCCGCGGUGCGGGGAGCAGGUGGUGUCGGAAACGGGAGUGGCGAGAACUGCCGGGAGAGCUGACGGAAGAGCGGGCCGGGUAUCGGGACCUCUGGGCUCAGAGGCGGCGACCCCGACCUGACCUGACCCGGACCCUAAAUCAUUCCCCGCCCUUGCCGGGCGGACGCGCGCGCUCAGGUCGCCCCACGCGCCGGCGCCGCCUGUUUACGUUUGCAGAUUUCCAGGGGAGCCCAGCAACGUGGCCAGCAUGGCCUCUGAAGACAUUGCCAAGCUAGCAGAGACGCUUGCCAAAACCCAGGUGGCCGGGGGACAGCUGAGUUUCAAGGGCAAGAGCCUCAAACUCAACACUGCAGAAGAUGCCAAAGACGUGAUUAAAGAGAUUGAAGACUUUGAUGGCUUAGAGGCUCUGCGCCUGGAGGGCAACACGGUGGGCGUGGAGGCAGCCAGGGUCAUCGCCAAGGCCUUGGAGAAGAAGUCAGAGUUAAAGCGAUGCCAUUGGAGCGACAUGUUCACCGGGAGGCUGCGGUCCGAGAUCCCACCAGCUCUGACCUCACUAGGGGAGGGACUCAUCACAGCCGGGGCGCAGCUGGUGGAGCUGGACCUGAGCGACAACGCAUUCGGGCCCGACGGCGUGCGAGGCUUUGAGGCCCUGCUCAAGAGCUCCUCCUGCUUCACCCUUCAUGAGCUCAAGCUCAACAACUGUGGCAUGGGCAUUGGCGGUGGCAAGAUCCUGGCAGCGGCUCUGACUGAGUGUCACCGGAAAUCCAGUGCUCAAGGCAAGCCACUGGGCCUGAAGGUCUUCGUGGCCGGCAGAAACCGUCUGGAGAACGACGGAGCCACUGCCUUGGCAGAAGCUUUCGGGAUCAUUGGGACUCUGGAGGAGGUCCACAUGCCACAGAAUGGCAUCAAUCACCCCGGCGUCACGGCCCUGGCCCAGGCUUUCGCCAUCAACCCCCUGCUGCGUGUCAUCAACCUGAAUGACAACACCUUCACCGAGAAGGGCGCCGUGGCCAUGGCCAAGACGCUGAAGACCUUGCGGCAGGUGGAGAUGAUCAACUUCGGGGACUGCCUGGUGCGCUCCAGGGGCGCCGUCGCCAUCGCAGAGGCCGUGCGCGGGGGCCUGCCCAAGCUGAAGGAGCUGAACUUGUCGUUCUGUGAAAUCAAGAGAGAUGCUGCUCUGGCUGUUGCUGAGGCCGUGGCGGACAAGAGCGAGCUGGAAAAGCUGGACCUCAACGGCAACACGCUGGGAGCAGAAGGCUGUGAGCAGCUCCAGGAAGUGCUGGACAGCUUCCACAUGGCCAAGGUGCUGGCCUCCCUCAGUGAUGAUGAGGGUGAGGAUGAUGAGGAGGAGGAAGAGGAGGAGGAAGAGGAAGGAGAAGAAGAGGAGGAGGAAGAAGAGGAGGAGGAGGAGGAGGAAGAGGAGGAGGAGGAGGAAGAGGCACAGCAAGGGCCAGGAGAGCAGUCCACAGCAUCGAGGAAGAUUCUGGACCCAAACAGUGGAGAGCCAGCCCCCGUGCUGUCCGCCCCGCCUCCUGCAGACGUCUCCACGUUCCUGGCUUUCCCCUCUCCAGAGAAGCUGCUGCGCCUCGGGCCCAAGAGCCCCGUGCUGAUAGCCCAGCAGACUGACACAUCCGACCCAGAAAAGGUGGUCUCUGCCUUCCUGAAGGUGUCCUCUGUGUUUAAGGACGAAGCCACAGUGAGGACAGCCGUGCAGGAUGCAGUAGAUGCCUUGAUGAGGAAGGCCUUUAGCUCACCCUCCUUCAACUCCAAUGCCUUCCUUACCCGGCUCCUCAUCCACAUGGGUCUGCUCAAGAGUGAAGACAAGAUCAAGGCCAUUGCCAACUUGUACGGCCCUCUGAUGGUGUUGAACCACAUGGUGCAGCAGGACUACUUCCCCAAGGCCCUUGCACCCCUGCUGCUGGCGUUCAUGACCAAGCCUAAUGGUGCCCUGGAGUCCUGCUCCUUUGCCCGUCACAACCUGCUACAGACGCUGUACAAGGUCUAGAUGCGAAGCCGGCCCCCCCCCCCCCCCCCCCGGCCUGGACCAGUGACUUGGGAAGGGACUCGGAUGAAGGACUCUGGCCAGAGGCAGGGAGGGUCUUCGUCGCUUGUGUCGUGUCGGUCCCCGAGUGUGCGUGUCGGUGUGGUGCGUGUGCAGGUGUGCGCUUCUUGUCAGGGCUGGGGUUUUAAGGUCUCCCUGCUGGACUGGCCCUGGUCCCACUGGAGGGGAGCUGGCCCCCCUGAGAGGGCUGCAAGCUGCUCUGCCAUUAAACUCAUUGCCAUCUGAGGGCGCUCUGCUGCUCCAUGCCUCCAGCUCGAGGCCCUGGUGGCUGUCCCCUCCCACCUUGCCUUCCCCACUCUUCUGGGCUGCCCCAAAGCCUGGGGAGUUGGUCCGUCUGCCGUCCCCUCCCUCUGUGUUGCGGCUGGGCUGAGUUUCCCGCCCUGCCUGGGGCUGCUCACCUGGUGGCUGACUUUGCCUCCUGUCACUAAGCCCAGGCCUCUAGCCACUGCCAUCCCCGCUAUCCAUCCCUGCUGGGCUGAGCUCUACGGCCUGAAGGACAGGACCUGCUACGGGGGUGGGGCCAUGGGGCGGUCAGCAGAGGGCAAGACCCUGGUUCCCAGGCCGUGUGGACAGGAAGAAAAGCCAGUGGCAGAUGGUGCUGGCUCCAGACCCAUGGGGCCUGCCCCUUGCUGCUGAGAAGUCUGUGACUGGCCUGGGGGCCAAGCUGGAGGGGGGCUCUUUGGCAGGCCCAAACCUGUUCUCCGGCCCAGGGGGCAGGGGCAGGGCCUGCGGAGCCUGAACUGAGCUCAGGACGCUCUUAAAGGAUCUGGACAGGGUGGGGACUGCGCUGGAGCUGCCCCCCCGCCCCCCCCCCCCCCGCUCUGUGCUUUCCCCUUUGUGCUCUUUGUGUGUCUGGGCUGUGCCCGGGGCUUCACAAAUAAAGUCAUGUGUGGCAAG